AUGGGUAUACCAGGUUUCUUUCGAUGGCUGUCUUUACGAUAUCCUCAUAUAGUUGAGGCGGUAAAGAAAAAGUCCCGAAGUAAAACUGAUUUCUUGUACUUAGAUAUAAAUGCCUUAUUUCAUGUUGCGCUUAGAAGUAUGGAAAAAAAAAGGUCAAGGUCAAAUUUCACAUCCCGUCGCAUGCUAUCAAGAGUUUUUAAGGAAAUGGACGUUACGUUCAAUGUUUGCGACCCUCAAGUGCUGGUAUAUAUUGCAAUGGACGGAGUUGCACCUAGAGCAAAAAUGAAUGAACAACGAUCACGAAGAUUCUUAUCCCGAGAAGGGUCUCGUACGACACAAGAAAGAGAGGAAUAUCUUGAAGUUUCAUCUAAUAAAUGUGAUCAAUCACAAUUAGCCGCUCGUGCCAAAAACGAAUCAGGGUUUUUCGUCCCUGUAGAUAGUGCAUCGAUAUCAUCAGGAACUGAAUUCAUGCAGGCAGCAAAUGAUGCAAUUAGAUAUUAUAUAUACCAGCGCUUGAACGGUAAAUUCAAAAAUCUUCAAAUAAUAUUAAAUGAUUCUAGUGUUGCUGGUGAAGGAGAACAUAAAGUCUUUAGAUUUUUAACUGCGCAACGUAGUCAUCCAGGAUAUAAUACCAAGUAUAGGCAUGUUGUCUGCGGUUGCGAUGCCGACUUUAUCAUGUACGCUCUUCUUACACACGAACCUAACUUGCGCAUAUUACGUCCUGGUUUUAAAGGAGAUGAUGUCAUUCUAAACAUUAACAGACUCCGCAAGCACAUAAUUCAUGAUAUGUUAAUGCAAGUAACGCCAGAAAUUGAAGAAGACAACAUUAUCGAUGAUUUCGUUUGCAUUGCCAAUUUGCUUGGUAAUGAUUUUAUUCCACGAAUUAAAUAUUUAGGAGAGACACGUGUCGAUAUCUUGUUCCAAGCAUAUCAAACUUAUUUUAGUAAAACUAAAUCUUAUAUUACCAACAAAGGUAAAAUAAACAUUGCUAAUUUCCUUAAAUUUUUUGAGCAUCUAAAGUCGAAACCUGAUCGUUUUAGAAGAGGUUUAUAUCAUACGUCUGAAGGAAAAAAUACUAUGGAAAUAUCAAAGAGAGCGAAUGACUAUGUAAAAACAAUUUGUUGGAUAUUUCAAUAUUAUAACGGAGAUUGUCCAAGUUGGAGGCAUUUCUAUCCACAUCAUAGACCACCAACCAUUCAGGAUAUAUUAAAUCAUGUGAAAGUGGAAAAUUUUGAUCAAGCUUUCAUUCCAGAUAUCCCAAUACGACCUUUCGAACAAUUGAUGUGUAUACUUCCCCCCAAAUGCAAUUACCUUGUUCCAGAACCUUUCCAAUCUCUAUUCACUGAUCCACAUUCACCAAUUCAAGAAUUCUUUCCAAAAAAAUUUAAGGUAAUUAAUCACAAAGCCAUUUUACCAUUUGUUGACGAAACUCGUUUGAUGCAAGCCAUGGCACCAGGAUACGCAUUAUUAAAAAAGGAAGACCUAGAAAGGAAUUCUAUAAAUGGAAGAGUUUAUAUGUUCGCAGGAUGUGAAUCAACAACAUACGCAACCCUAUUUCCCCUUUGCACAAGUAAAGGUAGUAGGUCAGCUUUCUCAGUAACAUCAGUAAUAUUUGGACAAUUAUCUUAUUGUGGACCAAUGUUAAAGUUCAUCAAAGCUCCUGUUGAUGAAUUUAACAAAAUAAAUCAUAACAUG